CCGGCAGCUCUUUUAAAAAUCAGACCUGCAAAUUGCCGCACUUCAGAUAUUUAUUUUUCCCAUUUUCAGUCUCCAGUGACCACCUGCUCAGGGAAUCGGGGACGUGGAUGCGACCGCGGUGCCGCUUUAAACACCCAAGGGCAAAACGAGGACGUGGGACGUUUCGGAGGGGUAACCAUCCACGUGCUUCCUCCCCCUUACACUCAUUCGCCGUGCAGAAGCCGACAAGGACGUCCUUUAUCCCGGAGAAGUCGGGAUGCGCAGAGAGAGCCGGCAGACAUCCUCAGCCGCUUCUCGCUGUUGACUGCGAUUUGCAAGAGUAAAAACUGCAUUUCCUCAAAAAAAUUAAAACAAAAAUAAAAAGCGAAAGUCGCCGGAGCAGAUAUAGCAACCAAAGAACACUCGUCUCUGAACGACCUGAAUGUAACAUCGUGAAGUGAAGGAGGGCAGGAAUUAAAAGCCAUCGCAAUGAAUUUUCUUAUGAAACAAGCCCUGGGAGGGGCCACCAAGGACAUGGGCAAGAUGCUGGGGGGCGAAGAGGACAAGGACCCCGAGGCAGAGAAGGAGAAGGAGGAAGAGCGGCAGGAGGCACUGAGGCAGCAGGAGGAGGAGCGGAAGGCCAAGUACGCGAAGAUGGAGGCGGAACGAGAGACCAUUCGGCAGGGUAUCAGGGAUAAGUACGGCAUCAAGAAGCGGGAGGAGGCGGAGGCGGAAGCCCAGGCGGCCAUGGAGGCCACCGAGGGGAGCCUGACCCGGCCCAAGCAGGCCGUCCCCAAGGGCUGCGGCGACGCCGAGGAGGAAGAGGAAAGCAUUAUGGACUCGGUCAUGAAGUACCUCCCUGGGCCUCUGCAGGACAUGUUCAAGAAGUAAUACUCCCCCUGGCCCCCCCCCAGGCAGCCGCUAGUGUUCCCAUCCCUAUCGCAGACUCCCCCCACCCAGCCUACAGACUUAGCGUGUAGAUCAGAUUUACAAAUUACACAUCCUUCAGCUGUUUAUUUGUAAAUAUCCUCUGGUUUAGAGAAACGAUUACAAUGACGAUACAUGUACAAACAGCUCAGAGUAUAAGCCAUACUUUUACCUGAUUUUUGCCGUUUAUAAUAUUUAUAUAUAAAUAUAUAUAAAUAUAUAAAUAUGAACCUCCAUUUUGUGCAUCAAUUGGCCCAUAGCUGCCCCCCCCAUCACACAUACAGUGGGAAACAUGAUUGCCCCCCCGUGAUACUGUCCAGCAGCCGUCAGGCGGCCAUUUCACUCUAAGGUUCCACAAGCAAAUGGCACCGACUGGGGCUCUUUGUCAACAGCUGAACCCUCUCAGUUAGUUUUUUCUAUUUUGGGGCAAAUUCCAAGAGGACUUAAGGCAAUAAUUCUGGCUCUGGAAGUCUGUGUCUGAUCCGGGCCAGAGUACCGGGGGCACAUUACCGUGCAUUAAACACCCAUCCAUUAAGGACUGUCCUUCACGUCUCCAACGCACACAGACCUUCCUCGCUGCCCGUGUUUUAAAUGGCUGUCUGAGUGCAAACAGAAAGAUGCUACUUCAGCAAACAAAAAUGACACAUUUUACCCCCUUUCCAUUUUCAUAAAUGUAAAUAGUUGCCAUUUAAUAGGCGACCUCUGAUUUAGUCUGAAAUCUAUUUCGACUCAGACGUCACAGAAACAGAUGAAGGUGCAAUAUAAUUUCUUCUGAAGCUGUCCUUUAGCUUAAUUAUGAGAGAAUGUAACCUUAAUCAGCAAUAAUGGACUGUUUUUUUUGUGCGAGUUAAGCUUCUUACGUAGAAAAAUGGGUAAUUAGCAUUUUAGAGUUGUCUUCCUGUCAUGGAUGAUGGAUAAGAUGGGACUGUGGGGCUCGUUAUGUACGUCUUCAUUAAUGGCGUAAGUUUCGGACAAACGUUUAUAGAUUUAGAGUCGGAAAUAAAAUGAAUGUUACUUGCAGUGAUUUUAUGUAUGGGAGUCUGCAUGGGUGACGUUUGUGCUCCGGAUGAGUGUAGAGAAGACGUUCACGUGUAUGACGUCAGCGGGUGUCAUGGUGGAAGUGCGUUGACCUGUUUGAGUUAUUCGGUUGUGCCUGGGUAGCGCUGUUUAUGUGUCUGGUAAUCUAGCCAUCGUUUGUUAAUUUCAUACCAAGCAACCUCUUUGUUUUGCGCGAUGACGCAUGAAUAAAAUGAAUUUGCUCGUCAUACUUGGGGGGGGCUCUUCCCAUAUCCGUCCCAAUGGAUUCCGGUGGACAUAGUCCAUGUAAGAACCAUCUUCCAGUUUGUACCGAGGUGUUGUGCAGUGUCACUGCAUGCCAGUGCAAAGCGUUGUCUAACCCCUUAACAUCCAGCACUGGAGAAAACGGAGUCAUUUAAACUCGAAAAAAAAAAUCAAAUUAAAGGAACAUUUAGUAAAGCUUUAUAAUGCAAUGACAAGGCAGAUAUAGAAAUUCAGCUAUAUUAAAUAUAUGCAGUAGAAAAGAGUGACAGUAAUAGGUAAUAACCAUUAAUUUUCUGUGAAAUCGCACCAUUAACACGAUACCUUUAGGCAUAAAUCAAUGCAAAGUAAAAAUUCUGGAAAACAUUUUCAUUUGUAUUUCCAACAUUCUGAACGAACCAUCAUAACACGGGAUGUAGACACUGAUCUAUGGAAAGAUCCCCCCCCCCCCACAAACGGGUGACCGAGCAUUCCUUUCCACCCUGUCCCACCUAGGGUGACCUACUCCCUGUCAGGAGGGACACUAUAAGCUAUGACAGGGUUUGUAAACUACCGUUUCAGCUUAAAGGAUUUCACUUCAGCACCGAGUUCUUGCUGCGUGCUGAUCGGUCAGUCUCCUACAAUCAUGCAUGAGUCACUAAUGUUAAUGUGAAACAGCUGGAUAAAUCAAUCAAGGAAAUAAACCAGUAAAAUUACAAGAUGAACCAAACAGUUUAGCUGAGUGCGGGAGCCUUUCAGUUUUAAAGUAGUUUGUAAAACCUGAAGCAGCUCAGUGUCACUCCUGACGUGUCUCAGGGGUCAUUCUGGUCCCAUCCACUUUCUGCUUGCUUUCAGACUGGUGGCUGUGACAAGCCACGUUUAAUCUGAGAUUAUUAAACACGCACCUGGUUGGGGUUCAUGCCAUCCAGGGAGGGUCGUGACUCCCGGGAGUGACUCCUUGUUCUGGAAAUCAGUUAUGGCACAUGUAUGGAUAUUUAAUGUUAGUCUUUAAAUAUUUAUUACAUUCUUUUUAGUUUGCACACAAUGCAUGAAAUUGUGCAGAUAAAAUCACAGGCACCUACUCUGGUCCUGCUUCAAUGAAUGGCAUUGUUUAUAUCUGAUCAUCGUUCAGGAUUUUUUGUAAUCGAUUACUUUUGCAGCUAUGGAAAAUGGUGACUCUGUAUUAUCAGUGGUGUGUGUGUGUGUGUGUGUGGUCUUCAGUGGACUGACAUCCUGUCUAGGUUGCUUCUCUAACUUGUGCCUUGUGAUAGGAUUCAGGAUAGAUUGAUGGAUGUAUUAUGUAAAAAUUCUCUGGAAUUAUAUUGCAUAAUUUACGAGAGUCUGGCAGUGUAGUCUUCAUAGACAUAAUUAAGUUGCCAUUUUCAUCCAUUCAUCUUCCAAACACACUGAUUUUUGCUUAUUAAAGAAAUAAGUACAGUUAUGAGUGGUUCGUAUAAACUUCAGGAAUGCUUGAUGUCAUGUGCUAGCCACAUUUUUGUUCAGUUUGUCAUCGAUCUUUUUAAUCAACCUCCAUAACUCACAGACAUUGACCAAGAAACAUCCUCGUGUUUUGUGCUUUGCACUCACUCGUCUGUUUUUGACACCGAAUGGAAAACGAACAUUUAUUUUAAGUGACUUAAAUAAAUGAGUAAUGUCACAGUGAAGCACAGUACAGUGUGUCCUCGCCGUCACAAACAGGAUUUAACUUUUUUUGAGAGAACCUGAAGUUUGUCCCAGCAUCUUCCGACUGUUUCCGUGAGACUUUAAAAGUCUGUUGUCAGUGGGCGGUCAUCUGCGUGACGUCUGUUUUUUUACGUUUUAAAGCUUCUCUCAAAAAGCCUAACGGACAUCAACCCACCACAGGCAUGACGGUCACUGCCUGCUUAGCCGACGGAUGGGGAAUAUCACGACAGUGCUUAUUCCCGGCUCUCUCACUAGCGGGCGAUUCAGUCCAUUCCGUCCUUGAGCAUCUUACAUUUUAAAUCAGAACCUAAAGUCCAGAUUCCCGAAACCAUCGUAUCGAAGCAGACCACUGACGCCAAAAUGUUCCCCUGCUGUGCUCUGAAUGUAUUGUCUGCGGUUUCACUGCGAUGUCCAUAAAUGUUCCCCUAUAUGUUUAGAAGACAGGUGUAUUUUUUCCGUGUGUAAAUGUUUCUGUCCUUGGUGCCCGUUUGAAAAAAAUAUAUAUGUGUAGUUUGUGCUUCAUUUUGUAUUGCUCUCUCUCUAACUCUCUCCUGUUUACACUCACAAGCAUGCAUGCUGCACUCCUGCGGCCAGUUUUGUAAGAUACCUCUGUACGUCUUCUGUGUUUAAACUGCCUGUGACCUUUCACCGCAUGCCAUCCAGACAGAUCAUUCAACGGUGUAAUCAUCGCACACCAGACAAAAAAAACAAAAAAACAAUAAAGUGAUUUUAUAUGAUAA